AUGCACCCCGACCAAUACCAAACCACGAAGCGUUCCGCCGAACGAUUCCGAAAACCCUACCAGACCGCGAAGAUUCUCCACCAAUGUAGCAGAUGCUCUUGCUCGAGGCUCAAAUUCAGAUGUCACGAGUGUCGGGAGACACCUGACUCCUUCAGGACCGUCUACACUAGGGACGUUGAUCACAACUCCGAUCUGAGUCCAGCGCUCUUACGCACCAACAAGAAGGUCCGAAGGGAAGCCCACUCCAUAUUUUACCACGAGAACACUUUCUUCUUUUACAGUAAGAGCGCCGUGCCGCCUUUCCUGAAAGAUCGAACUCGGGAGUCGCCGGCCAACAUCAAGAGCAUCGGUUCCCAUCUGGAGAUCGAUCACCACGUCGAGCGAGACCCGGCGUCCCUCGACCGGGUGCGCACGUUCCGAGAAGUGGGCCGCAUGGCCGGUCCGCACCUGCAAAACCCUCAGUCUCAAGAUCGAGGGUCGCAGAUGUAG